AUGAGAACUUGGAUGAAGUCGCACCUUCUUCACCCUCCGGUUCGACUUCAUGGCAUUGUUGAUUUCCUUCAAUUUGAUGUUUCUCUUAACCUAGGAAGCAUGAAUCUGGUGGUUUCGAGGUUCAAGAUGUGUCGGUUCCUGAUAGUGUCGACGGUGGCGACUGCGAGGAAGUCAAAGUUGGCUGAAACAAUUGUGCUAGGAUUGCUGCUUGAUUCCAAAGUCUCCAUUCUAUCUAAAAGGGCAAGGUGGUCUUUUGAGUUCAUUCAACAUAGACCUAAAGAGAAUGGGCAUGUGGUGAUUGUGUUGGCUGAAGGAGUAGACCAAGAAUAUGUUUCUGAAAGUGUGAAUGCAGUUGAAGAGAGAGAGAUGCAUCUGGAAAUAAACUGCUUAUUGAUAUUGGUCAAUGAUCCAACAUACAUCAUAUGGGCUAUUCCAAGCAAUGCAUAUGAUAACAUCUACUGUACACUUCUUGCUCAAAGUGCAAUUCAUGGGGCCAUGGCAGGGUUUUCUGGUUUUACAGUUGGACCUAUCAAUAACAGACAUGCGUAUAUUCCAAUACAGGCUUUGUCAGCCUUGCAGUUCUUACUUAACAAGGUCUGGAACCUUCAAGAAGGACCUCUGUAG